GAUUCAAUUCAUUAAAACGGAGGGUCUAACAUUUGCAUUGCUGGCGGGCCCCAUGGGCCAAGCGGCAAGUAUGUGUCGAUUUCGUGGUUGUCGUUACAAAAAUAAGAAUAAAAAUAGUAAGCAACAACAACAACAACAAAAUCAGCAGCAGCAGCAGCAACAACAACAACCAAUAAUAACAAAUACAACACCCAGCCACAGUCCACAAAUACAGCAUCAUUCGGAAAUAAUUCCCGCAGCAGCAUCAGCAACAACAGGCCUGCAUCUGCGGAGCAUCGAGGAGCCCGCGUCGACGCCGCUCCAGUUCCAGGCGGCAGCGGCUGCGGCGGCCGCCAGCAGAAUGAACACAGAGCAGGGGGGCCCGGGCUAUGGCGGGGGAUACAGUGAGCACUCGCUGCUGCUGGCCACCCGUCACACCGGUGUCCCCCUGCCCCUUGCCCACCAGCAGCCACUACCCGCCCACUACCAGCCGCUGAAUCACACAGGAUCGCAGGGAUCGGUUCCCCCAUCCUCUGGAGCAGCCGCAUCCACUGGCGCCCAGCAGCAGGCGCUAUUCCCGCAGCAGCAGUCGGCAUAUCCGCUGCAGCAGCAGCAGAUGCAUCAGUACCAGUCCCAGUACCAGUACCAGCACCACCACUAUCACCACCAGCCAGCCUCGCCGCAGCACAGCCGCCCCUACGAUCCGGAGCAUGCGAGGAUGGAGGCCUGGCUGGACGAGAAUCAGGAAUUUGUACAGGAUUAUUUUAUAAGAAAAGCCACAAGGCAGACGGUGGACGCCUGGCUGGUCUCGCAUGCCACCUCCGCGGGCAACGAUGUGGUCUGCAGCACCUCGCCCACGCAUCCCAAUGGACAGACGAGCUCCUCGCGGGGCGGUUCCGGAGCCACCACACCUGUGCGAAAAAUCUCCGCUCACGAGUUCGAGCGAGGUGGCCUGCUAAAGCCCAUAGUGAACACCAUCGACGGAACACCAACCUUCCUGAGCAUCGGACUGUCGCCGAUGGACAAUGGUGGCGUGGGCGGUAGCUGCGGCAAUCUCCAGAAUGUGGGGGGCGUCGUGGCCGGACAGUAUCAGUACCACCAUCCGCAGCACCUCCACCAUCAGCAGCACAGUCACCUCCAGGCGGGCGGGGCGGUGGGCAGCUCAAGCGGCGGCACAGGAGGAGCCACUGCACCCGGAGUGGGUGGCAGCAGCAGCAGCGGAGGAGCAGCAUGCUCGGCGGCUGGGAACGGCCAUCAAUAUCAAUAUUAUCAUUGCCACCAGCGACCGCAGCGAUUAUCGCGGAACGAGCUUAAACAGCUGGACGAGAAGGAGCUGAUUUUCGAACUGGUAAAGGAUAUUUGCAAUGAGCUCGAGGUGCGCACCUUGUGCCACAAGAUCCUCCAGAAUGUGUCCAUCCUGCUGAAUGCGGAUCGCGGCUCCCUCUUCCUGGUCCAAGGACGCUGCAAUGGCCCCGAUGGACUCAAAAAAUGCCUCGUCUCGAAGCUGUUCGACGUGUGCCCCCGGAGUACCGUGGAGGAGAUGGAGCAGCAGGAGGAGGUCCGGGUGGCCUGGGGCACCGGCAUCGCCGGCCAUGUGGCGGAGAGCGGGGAGCCCGUCAACAUACCAGAUGCUUACCAGGAUGAGCGCUUCAAUUGUGAAAUUGAUUCGUUGACCGGCUAUCGGACGAAGGCCCUGCUGUGCAUGCCCAUCAAGGACUCGUCCGGGGAUGUGAUUGGCGUGGCGCAGGUCAUCAACAAAAUGAAUGGCGAGUGCUUCUCCGAAAUCGAUGAAAAGGUCUUUGCCUCGUAUCUGCAGUUCUGCGGCAUUGGACUGCGGAACGCGCAGCUGUAUGAGAAAUCUCAACUGGAAAUCAAGCGGAACCAGGUCCUCCUCGACCUGGCCCGCAUGAUCUUCGAGGAGCAGAGCACCAUCGAGCACAUGGUCUUCCGCAUCCUCACCCACAUGCAGAGUCUCAUCCAGUGCCAGCGCGUCCAGAUCCUGCUGGUCCACGAGGCGGACAAGGGCAGCUUCUCGCGGGUCUUUGACUUCGAGGCGAACGACCUGAGUGAGGAGGAGGCCACCUCCAGGACGAGUCCGUACGAGUCCCGGUUUCCCAUAAACAUCGGCAUCACUGGCCACGUGGCCACCACGGGCGAAACGGUGAAUGUUCCCAAUGCCUACGAGGACGAUCGCUUCGACGCGAGUGUGGACGAGAGCUCCUGCUUCAAGCACCGCUCCAUCCUGUGCAUGGCCAUCAAGAACUCCCUGGGACAGAUUAUCGGAGUCAUCCAGCUGAUCAACAAGUUCAACGAGUUGGACUUUACGAAGAACGACGAGAACUUUGUGGAGGCAUUCGCCAUCUUCUGCGGAAUGGGCAUUCACAACACGCACAUGUACGAGAAGGCCAUCGUGGCGAUGGCCAAGCAGAGCGUCACCCUGGAGGUGCUCAGUUACCACGCAUCCGCCACCAUGGACGAGGCACACCGGCUGCGGCGUCUACGAGUACCUUCGGCUGUCCACUUCCGUUUGCACGACUUUAAGUUCGAUGACAUCCACUUCGAAGACGAUGAUACACUUAAGGCGUGCCUGCGUAUGUUCCUGGAUCUGGACUUUGUGGAACGCUUUCACAUUGACUACGAAGUCCUGUGCCGCUGGCUACUGAGUGUCAAGAAGAACUAUCGCAAUGUCACCUACCACAACUGGCGACACGCCUUCAACGUGGCCCAAAUGAUGUUUGCCAUUCUCACGACCACGCAAUGGUGGAAGAUCUUUGGGGAAAUUGAAUGCCUGGCGCUGAUAAUAGGCUGCCUCUGCCAUGAUCUCGACCAUCGAGGGACCAACAACUCCUUCCAAAUUAAAGCCUCAUCGCCCUUGGCGCAGCUUUACUCCACCUCUACCAUGGAGCAUCAUCACUUCGAUCAGUGCCUGAUGAUCUUGAAUAGUCCCGGCAACCAGAUACUGGCCAAUCUAUCCUCCGAUGACUAUUGUCGGGUCAUCAGGGUACUGGAAGAUGCCAUCUUGUCCACCGACUUGGCGGUGUACUUCAAGAAACGAGGUCCCUUCCUUGAGAGCGUCCAGCAGCCGGUGAGCCAUUGGGUGGCCGAGGAGCCGCGUGCGUUGCUGCGGGCCAUGAGCAUGACUGUCUGUGAUUUGUCGGCCAUCACGAAGCCGUGGGAGAUCGAGAAGCGGGUGGCCGACCUGGUCAGCUCCGAGUUCUUCGAGCAGGGCGACAUGGAGAAGCAGGAGCUCAACAUAACUCCUAUUGAUAUCAUGAACCGCGAAAAGGAGGAUGAGCUGCCAAUGAUGCAAGUGAAUUUCAUCGACUCCAUUUGCUUGCCCAUCUAUGAGGCCUUUGCCACUCUCUCGGACAAGCUGGAGCCGCUUGUCGAAGGCGUGCGCGAUAAUCGUGGCCAUUGGAUCGACUUGGCCGAUGUUGUGAAAACCAAAACUAGUCAGGAACAAGAACAGCCGCAGCAGCAGCAGCAGCAGCAAAUUGUGAUAUCGAACGGUGACUGCAGGGCCAUGACGAGUGACGAUAAUGUGGCCGGAGCGCCGGAAGUGGAGGCUCCCGAGGAUGCUGAGCAAGCAAGCGUAAAUGGCAACGGCAACUUGGCCCACAGCAGCAGCUCCACUAAUAACAACAUUGCCGUCGCUUCUCAUUUCACCAGCACCCAGUCCAGUGAGCGUGAUGAUGUUGAUGAUGAUGCGGAGCAGCAGCAGAACGGACACGAGGUGGCCUCCAUUUGCAGCUCCUCACCUUCCUCCAGCUGCUCCUCCUCCACCGCCUCCAGCAGGCUGUCCACGCCGCCGCCCACUGGCGAGGACGAUAGCACUCCAGUGUCGCCCUCGAAGACGCUGCAGGCCAAGCUGGUGGUGAAUGCCCUGCAGCGACAGACUUCCAAUACGGCCUCGGCUCUAAGUCAGGGCCAAAAGCAGCGGUGCAAGAGCUGCGACCACUCGCGGAGCGGCCUGCAGGUGAGGAAGACCAGCUCUCUGAGGGGCGCCCAGGAACUGGAGAUGGACCAUAAGAAUGGAACCGCCGCGUCUGGUGGCAUCCUUUGCAAGAGCACGCCCGUGAUCAACCACCAUCAGCAUCAGCAUAGUCAUAGUCACAGCCACAGCCACAGCCACUCGCAUCAUCAUCAUCAUCACUCGAAUCAAAAUCAUGGGAUCGGAAUGGGGAUCGGAAUUGGCAGCGCCAGCAUAGGCGGCAGCGGGCUAAUCAGCCUGGCCACGCCUCUGCUGGCGACGGACAGUGAUAGGAUACCAAAAAUUGUGGGCAAAAUUGGAAAUCUCGAUGGAAUGCCGACCUUUGCCAACGGAGGAGGUGGUCAGAACGGGUUGUCCUUUGGGGGCGGUUACCAGCACCAGCAUCAGCACCACCACCAUCAUCAUCAUCACCAUCAUUUGCUGGCGCGUCGUCACUCGGAGACCAAUAGUAAUGGGGCCGCGGCCACGGCACUGGCGGCCGACAAAUAGAUGCAUCCCAAAAUCUGAUGUGUGUUGAGCCCAGAGACAUAUGCAAUUACAAUAGAUAAUAUCAAGGCAUGUUUUUGGGCAGCUGCUGAUCUGAGAAAAUGUUUUCAAAGCUCCGAAAGUUAUUGAAAAACAGUUCUUAGACCAGGACCACAUCAGCAUAUCUUCAAUAUAUGUACAUAUAGUUCUAUCCACUCACACACUCUCAUCUUGUAUAUAAAAACAUUCACUUGGAGCAACAGUAUCUAUCGAACAAUGGGAAAACACAUACCAUAAGUUGAUAGCCUACAACUAAAACUAAAUAGAAAGAUUCCUAUAAACGUUAUGUAAAUCGUAAUUCGUACAUACAUCCUUGAUCUGUGUGUGUCUGUAUUGUAUUUUAGUCUUAAAUCAUAAAUGAUAAAUGAUAAAGCAAAGAAGUCAAAUUCUCUAGUUAUUUAAGCAGGUAGAAGGGAAAGAAUUGUACCAAAAAAUGGCAGAGUCGUGUCGUUUGUCUUCGCAAGGAUCACAGCAAGGAUAAAAAGUAUUGCAAGGAUGGAAAGUAUGCAUAUGUGACGGGAGUACGAGUAUAGCACACACUGUUUAACUUUAUUCGUUAGUUGAAUUAUCUCUAUGGGUACCAAAAGUCUAACUUUAAUAGCAUUAACCAACCGCUUAGUGAUGAUGUUUAACCGAAAUCGAAGUCGAAACCGAUCGCGAACCUAGAUCAUAGUAAUUACAACAACCUUAAUACACCCCAAAACAAAACACUAAGCUCUUUAAAACUUCCCCUCCCGGCGCUCUUUUCGAAUUUAAAUAUUUGUAAUAAUAAUGUUUAUGCGAUAGUAAGAAGCGUAUUCGUAUCCAAAAUAUAUAUGUGUACUCGAUGGCCUCCUGGGCUGGCCUGAUGUAUGGACACACAUUCAGGGCAUCGUUGGGAACUAUCCCGGGGCGCAGAUCAGCAGCACGUCUAACGUUCUGUGUGCUCGUACAUGUAUUCGUCGGAUACCGUACUAAAUAUAUAUAAUAAUAUACAAUGCAUAUAAUAAUCCGUCUUUUAGAUUAAAUUGUACUUUGUGAGUUUUGUUAUUUAUUGUCGGCAUUAUAUUCUAUAGAGGAGAACCUAUCUAAAAUACACAAAAUAUUUGCUGUAAAUGGACCACGUUCGCAAAAAAGGCAAAACUAAAUAAAGCAACAAAAAAUAUCCAAAUUA